AUUUCAUGUUUUUUCCUGUCAUUUGAAAAACUAGCCGGUGUUUUUAGAGUUUAUAAUUUUGUUAUUAACUCUAUUUUUUCGUGAAAAAUAAGUGUUUUAUAGGAAAUCGUAGCAUACAAAUAACGUUACAAUGAGUUAUUUAAUUAGAAAAGAUCGAGGAAAUAAUCAGUAUCAAAAUCUUAACAAAGAUGGAUCAUCCUUGUAUAAUAAUUUACGAAAACAUUCCAUAAUAAGUUCUUUAAUACUAAGUGUUUGCUUAGUUUUCUUAAUUUUCUCCUUAUGGAAUUUUACUCGAUCACUACAAAAAACGGAGAGACAUAUUUUAUUUUUAAAUACCAAACAAUCUCUUUUACAAACAACAUCGACAAAAUUCUUAUCCUUUGGCCUUGACUCAUCAUUAUUGAGAAAUAUGAAAAAAUUUCCACUUUUAGAGAAAAAAUUUAUUAAUUUAGCACGACACUUGAGUCCAGCUUAUGUGAGAAUUGGUGGAACUUCAGCUGAUUGUUUAUAUUUCAAUGAGACUAUAGAUAAUUCAAGUGAAAUUAUUGAUAACGAUAUUAGCAAUUUUACAAUAACAGAACAAGAUUUUCUUCAUUUAUAUAAAUUUGUGGAAAAAUCAAAAUUACGAAUGCUUUUUGAUUUUAAUGUUUUAUUACGAAAUUCCAAUGGAACUUGGAAUAAUAAUAAUGCAAGGGAGAUUUUAAAUUUUGCUAAAUCACAAAAAAUGUCUAUUGACUGGCAACUUGGAAAUGAACCAAAUUCUUUUCAUCAUGUAUUUAAUAUUAAUAUUUCGGCUCAACAAUUGGCGGAAGAUUAUUAUAAUUUACGAUUAUUAUUAAAUGAAAUUGGAUUUGAAGAUAGUAUUUUAAUUGGUCCUGAGGCAAAUCACAUUGGCGAUACUGAUAACGAAAGUCAACGUGGUGAUAAAUAUGUUAAAGAAUUUUUGGAUAACAAUAAAAAUUCCGUUAAUUUUGUCUCUUGGCAUCAAUAUUAUCUCAAUGGAAGAGAAGCUAAAGUUGAAGAUUUUUUGAAUCCACAAAUUUUCAAUAUUUUAUCAAAUCAAAUUAAAUUUCUCCAACAAGCCAUUAAUUCUGUCGAGAAAAAUAUUUCAAUGUGGCUAUCAGAGACAGGUUCAGCAUUUGGUGGCGGUGCACCGGAAAUGUCAGAUAGAUUUAUUGCUGGUUUUCUUUAUCUCGAUAAAUUGGGAUAUUCAGCAAGUGUUGGUCAUCAAGUUGUUAUUAGACAAUCAUUUUUUGGUGGUAAUUAUGCAAUGGUGGGACCUGAUUUAAAUCCAAAUCCCGAUUGGUGGCUGAGUGUUUUUUACAAAGAAUUUGUAUCCAAUAAAGUAUUGAAACUUGAAACGCCAAAUAAUUUUGGAACACUUAGACUCUAUGCACAUUGUACGGCGGAUAAAUCGCUUAUUAAUAAAAUGCCAGCGAUUACUGUUUAUGGAAUGAAUUUAAAUAAUUAUCCAAUAAAAAUUCUUAUUCAAGGAUUUAAAUCAUCUUUCAAAAAUAGUGUAAUUUUUUUAUAUACACUUACUGCUGAUAAUUUACAAUCAAGGACAAUUAAAAUGAAUGGUGAGGAAUUAAAAUUAUUGUCGAAUGGCGAUUUGCCACCUUUUAAUCCUGUUGUUCAACAAAUUGGACAAUUUAUAACAUUGCCGGCUCAUUCAAUGAUUUUUAUGGUAAUGCAUGGUGUGAAAAUGUCUGCAUGUUAUGGAUAAUUAAUAUAAUAAUAAUUAUUAUAAUUAUUUUUUAAAUUCGAUUUUUUGUAAUACCGAGUCGAAAAUUAUAUAUAUUUUAUGCAUUUUAA